CAGCUCAAUAAUCUUUGUCUAUGAGUUUGAUUGUGAGCAUUGGUGCUGAACGUCAUAUCCGUAAACAACUUUGUUUGUGGUAGUUUUGGAUACUAAUAAAUGUUGUCCUUUAUGCAAAGAUUUAUAAAAAUUUGCGCGGCCAAUUGUUAGUUUAUAUGUGAAGGAAGAACUGGUUUUAUACCAACGUUAUGGCAUCGUCUGCUUCAUGCUAAUCAAUACUGCCGAUUGAUGGACUGUAAUUGUAACGAUGUUUGUUGCAGUAGUUUUUAUUACUGCGGCACAUUCGCAUUGUUCAGCCGUAGGUCAACUGCGUUUGUAUUGGUGCAGUAUUAUUACACAUAUGUAUGCUGCCGGUUGUAGCUAUUUUUCACAGGGAGAGGCUAGAGUGAACUGCUUUUCGUGGAGACUAUUCGAAGUGGCUUGAAUCCCAACCGAUCAACUGUACGAAAAAGUUAACCUCAUAAUGAGUAACUGGACCGUUAAAAAAGUCUGCCCUUUGCCAUCAGAGCUGUCAGGAAUUAAGAAAAAUAUUCCGUGCCCUGAAGAAGGCUGCAGUGGCACAUUUCUUAAUACGUCGAAUUUGGAUAUGCAUCUUAGUAAACAUCAUAAAAAAGCGAAUAUUGAUUUACUGAAGAAAGGCGAUUCACAAACAAUAUUUCAGUAUCAUUGCCCAGUCGAGAAGUGUCUAUAUAAUAUGAAAUCCGAUCGAUUUUUCAAGAACAUGAAAUAUCUGAAGCAGCACUACUUAAAAGUACACGCAGAGAAGAUGUACCUUUGUGAAAAAUGUCACAAGGGCUUUUCGACAGAGACUGCUCAGAGGAAGCAUAUGAGAACUUGUGGGAUGAAAUUUACAUGUUCAUGCAAUUUCUCUUAUGAAUCAUAUGAGGCACUGCUGACACAUGCCAAACGCCAUCGACAUACAUUCGAUGAAAAAUUCAGGUUUUAUGGGAAGAGCAAUGCUGUUCCCAAUGAAGCAGAAGUGUCUAGUAAAGAUAUGCCAAGGCCUUUUGCUGUCCCUAUUCAUCCUCUUGCAGCAGCUACAUUGAGUGAACUCUCACCACACUCAGUUGCUACCACAGUCAGUAGGGCUGUACAGACAGACAGAGUUGCAGAAGCUAAAAGAACAAGAAAAAGUGGUGUCCACCCAAAGGCAUCAAAACGUAAAACCUGUGCUCAGACACAGACAGGUUCUAUACCUCGCAACAGGCACCCAACCACAAGUGCAGAGACUCAAACAAUAGGAGAUUAUAUUCUGAAAAAAGCAAUGAAAGCUGCUGACAUUCCAGUUAGUCACAGAGGUGUUAGUGUUCCCGAAUUAAAGACAGAGACUACUGCAAAGAAAAGAAGAAAGAGUAUGGAAACUCAGACUACACAGCCAGUGGCUAAUUCAGUAUUUAGUAAAUGUAAUGAUGUUAACAUCAGUAUUUCCACUAAUGGGUUCAACAAUAAUCAGAUGUAUAACCAUACAGAAGAUUCUAUACCUGGAUCAGAUAAUUUUACAGCACUGAAUAAUAGUCCCACACCUAAUUUCUCUCUUUUUGAUGGAUCAGACUCAUUUAGCUUGGAUAUUGAUAGUCUUUCGAGCCUCUGGCAGAAAAGCUCUUCAGGCACUCAAACAAGUCCAGUUAGUACAGGCAAUAUUUUACUGAAAGAGGAGAUGUUAAAUCACAGUGUCACUCAGACUGACUGGAAUAACGUACUUCUGGAGUCUAAACCUUUCACACACUCAUCCAGUAAUAUUAAUUCAAGUUCACAAACUGUGAGUGACUUAAGCACCUACUUUGAAAAUCCAGUAGAAACUGGCUUUAUAGAAAAUGCAAAUGAAACUAAUCAUUUCAGUAGCCCCUCUUGCAGCACAGAAUUGAAUGGUGUGCCAGAAUUUCCUGGAGAUUCAAACUAUUCUGAUAGUAACUUGGACAGUAUCUUGACACAGACAGCAGGUCUGUUUGAUGAGAAUUGGUCUUGCAGCACAGAAACACAGACCGAACUUGAUUUUAAUAGCUGCUUUUUUAAUGAUGAUGAUACAUCUUUCACGCAUUACUUUAAUACAGAAACUCAAACCUCUGAAGAUGUCGAUAAUCUGGGACAACUUCUUUAUUCCAAUACAUGUACUCAAACAAAUGAUAUUAACAAACUGUCAGAGUUUGCAGACAUUCAAACUCAGACUGCAGGUCCACAUUUUAGCAAAGAUUCUGUAUUAAUUUCAGCAGAAACUCAAACAGCAAUUUCAGAGACUUCUAAUUCACAGAUUUGCCAUUCAUCUAAGCAACUAGUGAGCAACAAACCUUCUGCAGCUACAGUAUUUAAUGAUAAUGAUGCACAAACAAAUGGAAAUGAGUUUAAAGACUUUAUUAUUGACCUAGUUAAGCGAGAUAUGAAUGAUAAACUUUUAUGAGAGUUGCUAAAAAGCUUUUAGUGAUGCUGACUGUCAUGGAUCACUAAAGGCAUUUUGAUGUUCAACUUGUACUGUCUAGUCAAAGCUUAACCCUGCUUAUUUAAUAUGUGAUAAAAAGCUUUAAAAGUGACACACAGAGAAAAGACAACUAUUUAUGCAUUUAUGUAGAAAACUUGAACAUAUUAGCAAAUACAGUGAUAUUUCCUUGUCUGUUGUUUCCUGUUUAAAGUCACCAAAAUUAUAUAAAGUGCUUCAGAUGUAAAAUUUAAUGCAUAUAUAAAAUUUAAAUAUCACUUAACUCACAAGAGAACCUGAAGAGAGGUUCAUAUGAAGCUGAAUUUCUUUUUAGUUUCAUAUUCUUUUUGUUUUCAAAAUGGUAUUCCAGUGAAUUGCUUAUCAAAUAAGCUAAAGAAUAUUAGUAUGAGAAGAACAAAUCAAUUGUACAUCUCAAAUUGGAUAAAAAGUCCAUAAAAAGAAAAUGAAAACACAAUUUAAUAUAUAUGACUAUUUACUGGGGGCACAUGGCACUUUCAUGCGCUCACACACACACACACACACACACACACACACACACACACACAGUGAGUGAGUGAGGUUAGUAAUGCUUUAUAAAAUGGUUUGGCACAUUGCACCUUGUUGAAAAAGUGAAUUGUUAAAUGUAAGGAAAAAAUACUUCACUUCUAUGUUUUUAAAAUGUCUGACCUCUGUUGAAUGUUGCUUACUGAUCUCAUAAAUAAAUUAUUACCAUAAUUUGUUGUGUUAUAAAGUAUUAUUUGAUAUUUGUAUUAAUGAAUGGGAACUUAUGAAACAAUACUGCUGCUGAUAUGUUCUUUCAUACAGCAUUGUGUUAUAUGGAAAAUCAAAGAGGGGAGAGGUGUCAUGUAUACAGUAAUAAUUGUAAAUCCACUGAUUUGCACUAAGGGUAUUGCAGAUUCCCAUGACAUAUAUGUAAUGUACUUGAUUUUUAACAUACCAACUUGUGGUGCAUGAUCUCAGACUCACUGAAUGUAGUUCCACAGCACCUCAGUGAGGACAUCAUUUAUCUGGUUAGAAGUUCUUAAUGAUUUCAUUACACAACCUGCCAUAUUCUUUUAUAGCUGAUAUUCUUUAAUUUUCAGUAACAAAUUUGUUACAACAUGAACAAAUGACACUAAAGCUUUAGACAGAUAAUCAGGCCAUUUAAUCAGAAUGUGUUGCUUGAAUUUCAUAUUAAGUUUACUACAGUUAAAUUAUGAAUAUGACUGAGUCUGAUGUGGUUGUCACUGACUUGCCAUUUAGAAAACAAAGUUGCUUGUUUUUCGUUAUGUAAACAGUUAAUAUUAACAGAAUUUACAAAAAAAUUAGAAAAAUGUGCUGACAUAGGAAUUUUGGUUCAGUUAGAAGCUGCACAUAAGUUUCUGAAAUGGGACUUUACAAGUGUAAACAAAGGUGAAGUAUGUUAAAAUGGGAAAUACAGGCAAAAGUGACAGAAAAACACAAUAGUACUAACCAUAUUUUGUAUAAUGAAUGUAAUACUGAACACUUACUCUUACUUAGUCAAAGGGUGUGAAACAAACUGUGUUAUUGAGCAAGAUUGUAAUACUUCACACAUGGAACUUAACUGUGAACCAAAUCCAACAUUCAUCUGUCAUUCUUUUGACACUGUGAUUACAUGGCAUAAAAUUUAUGCACUUUGUAUACCAAUGAUGUACUGAUGGUAGUUCCAUGCCGCAUACGAAGACGCAUUGUAACAGAGACUUUCCAUUUAUGACUUUGGAUAUGGUGCUUUAAAAUGUGUGUAACUUAAGAGCUGUGUAUAUUAGUAUUAUGCAUGUAAAUUGGUACUGUAAGUUAUUGCGUAAUCAAGUUUGUUCCUUGAUGAAUGACACACCAACUGCAUCUCGAAUAUCAAAGUAAAGUGUUAAAAAUUAUAAAUUGUAUAA